AAAAGUAAUAUACUUCUUAAUAAAAAUGGCGUCUAAGCGAGACACCGCCGCUUUUGUCUAUGCUCCCCCUUUCCCCCACUUACCAACCUAAUUAAAAAAUUCACUGUUUAAUGUUAGCAGCAAUUCCUUCCCUCUCCCAUUCCUCCUUUCUGUCUCCUCCAACUCGACUUUCCCUCUCUAUAACUCCAAGCUUUCUCUCUCUACUAAUAGCAGUUAAAAAGGAAAGCUCUUGUACAGAGACGUCUUCCCAAGACUGUUUUGGUCUUGGGUUUUAUAUUGUCUGAAAGGCGGGAUAUGACAAUUCGGUAAAAGUUUAUUACAGUCUCAAUUACAAUGGCUUCCGCCUCUCAAUCACUACGCUUUUUGGGGCCUCCCUCGGCGGGCCCCGGUGGCGGCAGUUUCGACGCUCUUAAUCGCAUACUUUCAGACCUCUGCACCCGUGGCAACCCUAAGGAAGGUGCAACUUUGGCUUUGAGAAAGCAUUUAGAGGAACAAGCAAGGGAUCUUGGUGGAGAAGCUUUUUCGCGGUUUAUGGAUCAACUGUAUGAAAGAAUUUCGUGUCUCUUAGAAAGUAAUGAAGUUGCUGAAAACAUGGGAGCUUUAAGAGCUAUUGAUGAGUUGAUAGAUGUGGCUCUUGGUGAGAAUGCCUCCAAGGUCUCUAAGUUUUCUAUUUACAUGAGGAAUGUGUUUGAAGUCAAGCGGGAUCGUGAUGUAUUAACCCUUGCUAGUAGAGUACUUGGCCAUUUGGCUAGGGCUGGUGGGGCAAUGACCGCUGAUGAAGUGGAAUUUCAGGUGAAAAUGGCACUAGAUUGGCUUCGCAGCAAUGAUAAAGUGGAGUAUCGCCUUUUUGCUGCUGUGCUAAUCUUGAAAGAAAUGGCUGAAAAUGCUUCCACGGUAUUUAAUGUUCAUGUACCUGAAUUUGUCGAUGCUAUUUGGGUUGCUCUGAGGCAUCCAACAUUAGAGGUCAGAGAGCGGGCAGUGGAGGCAUUGCGUGCUUGCCUUCGUGUUGUUGAAAAGCGUGAGACGCGUUGGCGUGUGCAAUGGUAUUAUCGUAUGUUUGAGGCUACACAAGAUGGCUUGGGAAAAAAUGCUCCCGUUCACAGCAUACAUGGUUCUUUACUUGCAGUUGGAGAGCUUUUGAGGAAUACUGGUGAGUUCAUGAUGUCCAGGUACAGAGAGGUUGCUGAGAUUGUUCUGAGAUACUUAGAGCACCGGGAUCGGCUUGUUCGUCUUAGCAUAACUUCACUGCUACCUCGCAUUGCUCAUUUCUUGCGGGAUCGAUUUGUUACAAACUAUUUAACGAUAUGCAUGAAUCACAUUCUUGCGGUGCUGAAACUGCCAGCUGAACGCGGAAGUGGAUUCAUUGCCCUAGGGGAGAUGGCUGGUGCUUUGGAUGGGGAGCUUGUCAACUAUUUGCCUACAAUUAUGACUCACAUACGUGAUGCUAUUGCUCCACGUAGAGAUAGGCCCUCACUUGAGGCUUUGGCCUGUGUUGGAAACAUCGCUAAAGCCAUGGGUCCUCACAUGGAACAACAUGUACGUAAUCUUUUGGAAGUUAUGUUCUCUGCUGGUCUUUCCUCCACAUUGGUUGAAGCCCUUGAACAAAUAACCAUUAGCAUUCCAUCACUCUUGCCGACUAUUCAGGACCGGUUGCUCGACUCCAUUUCAUUAGUCCUUUCAAAGUCCCAUUAUUCUCAAGCAAGGCCAGCAGCUUCAAUGGCUCGAGGGAGCACAGUGAAUAUACCUCAAAGAGUUUCAGACCUCAGUGGUUCGGCUUUAGUGCAACUUGCUUUACAGACGCUAGCUCGUUUUAAUUUUAAGGGUCAUGAACUCCUCGAGUUUGCAAGAGAAUCUGUUGUUAUAUACUUGGAUGAUGAAGAUGGAGGCACACGGAAAGAUGCUGCACUUUGUUGUUGCAAAUUAAUUGCAAAUUCUUUUUCUGGCAUCACGUCUACGCAGUUUGGUUCUAGUAGGUCCAAUCGUACUGGGGGAAAGCAACGGCGUCUUAUUGAGGAGCUUGUGGAAAAGCUUCUCAUUGCAGCCGUUGCAGAUGCUGAUGUCACUGUUCGCCAUUCUAUUUUUUCCUCUCUUCAUGGGAAUCGAGGUUUUGAUGAUUUUCUGGCACAGGCUGACAGCCUCAGUGCAGUUUUUGCUGCUUUAAAUGAUGAGGAUUUUGAUGUUAGAGAGUAUGCAAUCUCAGUGGCUGGGAGAUUAUCAGAGAAAAAUCCUGCAUAUGUUCUUCCAGCGCUUCGUCGUCACCUGAUACAAUUGUUGACAUAUCUUGAUCAAAGCAGUGCAGAUAACAAAUGCAGAGAAGAGAGUUCAAAGUUACUGGGUUGCUUAAUACGUAACUGUGAAAGACUAAUACUUCCGUACAUUGCACCAGUCCACAAGGCACUUGUGGCAAGACUUAUUGAGGGCACUGGAGUUAAUGCAAAUAAUGGCAUUAUUACUGGAGUUCUAGUAACUGUUGGAGAUCUUGCUAGAGUGGGCGGUUUUGCUAUGAGGCAAUACAUUCCGGAACUCAUGCCUUUAAUUGUUGAAGCUUUAUUGGAUGGAGCUGCUGCUACAAAACGUGAAGUGGCUGUUGCAACACUUGGUCAAGUUGUUCAGAGCACUGGGUAUGUCAUUACUCCAUAUAAUGAGUAUCCACAGUUACUUGGUUUGCUCCUGAAACUGUUGAACGGUGAGCUAAUGUGGUCCACUAGGCGUGAAGUCUUAAAGGUUCUAGGAAUCAUGGGAGCCUUGGAUCCUCAUGCGCAUAAGCGAAACCAGCAAAGCUUGCCUGGAUCACAUGGGGAGGUUGCCCGUGCAGCCAGUGAUUCUGGCCAACACAUUCCAUCAGUGGACGAACUACCUUUGGACCUUUGGCCAUCUUUUGCUACAUCCGAAGAUUAUUAUUCUACGGUUGCUAUCAAUUCUCUGAUGCGAAUUCUUAGGGAUCCUUCACUUGCUAGUUACCACCAGAAGGUGGUAGGGUCUCUCAUGUUCAUAUUUAAGUCAAUGGAUCUUGCCUGUGUUCCAUAUUUACCGAAGGUUUUGCCUGAUCUCUUUCACACUAUUCGUACCUGCGAUGAUUAUCUCAAGGAUUUUAUAACCUGGAAGCUUGGAACUCUGGUGUCUAUAGUGCGCCAGCAUAUUCGAAAAUAUCUUCCGGAAUUGCUGUCUCUGAUAUCUGAAUUGUGGGCAUCCUUUAGCUUGCCUGCUACUAUUCGUCCUGCACGUGGUUUUCCAGUUCUGCAUCUAGUGGAACAACUUUGCUUGGCUCUCAAUGAUGAGUUUAGGACACAUCUUCCAGUUAUUCUUCCAUGCUGUAUUCAGGUUCUAGGCGAUGCAGAACGGUGUAACGACUACACCUAUGUUCUUGACAUACUACAUACGCUUGAAGUUUUUGGUGGGACGUUGGAUGAGCAUAUGCAUCUACUUCUUCCUGCACUUAUUCGGUUGUUUAAAGUGGAUGCUUCUGUGGAUAUAAGACGUGCUGCUAUCAAAACAUUGACAAGAUUGAUACCUCGGGUACAGGUUACUGGUCAUAUUUCUGCUCUUGUGCAUCACCUGAAGCUGGUCCUGGAUGGGAAGAAUGAUGAGAUCAGGAAAGACGCUGUUGAUGCACUUUGUUGUUUAGCACAUGCUCUUGGGGAAGACUUCACCAUUUUCAUCCCAUCAAUUCACAAACUUUUGUUGAAGCAUCGAUUACGGCAUAAAGAAUUUGAAGAAUUUGAAGGACGUUUACGGAGGCGUGAACCUCUGAUCUUGGGGAGCACAGCUGCACAAAGAUUGAGCCGACGACUUCCAGUGGAGGUUGUAAGUGACCCCUUAAAUGAUGCAGACAAUGAUCCUUACGAAGAUGGGACCGAUGGACAAAGGCAACUUAGAGGACAUCAGGUCAAUGAUGGUCGGUUGCGCACAGCUGGAGAGGCUUCUCAGCGCAGUACCAAGGAAGAUUGGGCAGAAUGGAUGAGGCAUUUCAGCAUUGAACUUCUAAAGGAGUCACCAUCUCCAGCAUUACGAACUUGUGCCAGGCUUGCACAACUACAGCCUUUUCUUGGGCGGGAGUUGUUUGCUGCUGGUUUCGUUAGCUGUUGGGCACAACUGAAUGAGGGUAGUCAGAAACAGUUGGUUCGAAGUUUGGAGAUGGCAUUUUCAUCUCCAAAUAUUCCUCCUGAAAUUCUAGCAACACUUCUUAACUUGGCAGAGUUUAUGGAGCAUGACGAGAAGCCUCUUCCAAUUGAUAUCCGUCUGCUUGGUGCUCUUGCAGAAAAGUGUCGUGCAUUUGCAAAGGCUCUGCAUUACAAAGAAAUGGAGUUUGAAGGUGCUCGCUCAAAGAAGAUGGAUGCUAAUCCUGUUGCUGUAGUUGAAGCUCUUAUACAUAUAAAUAAUCAGUUGCAUCAGCAUGAGGCUGCUGUUGGAAUACUAACAUAUGCCCAACAAAAUCUUGAUGUCCAAUUGAAGGAGUCCUGGUAUGAGAAAUUGCAGCGGUGGGAUGAUGCUCUCAAAGCAUACACUGCAAAAGCUGCUCAAGCAUCAAGUCCUCAUCUUGUCUUGGAAGCUACACUAGGAAGGAUGCGAUGUCUUGCUGCACUAGCUCGGUGGGAAGAGCUUAACAACCUAUGCAAGGAAUAUUGGACUCCAGCAGAGCCAUCUGCCCGAUUAGAAAUGGCACCAAUGGCUGCUAAUGCUGCUUGGAACAUGGGAGAGUGGGAUCAAAUGGCAGAAUAUGUUUAUCGGUUGGAUGAUGGUGAUGAAACUAAACUCCGGGGUUUGGGUAAUACUGCUGCUACUGGUGAUGGAAGUAGCAGUGGUACAUUCUUCAGGGCUGUUUUAUUAGUUCGUAGAGGAAAGUAUGAUGAAGCUCGGGAGUAUGUUGAGAGAGCUAGAAAGUGCUUAGCAACAGAACUUGCUGCUUUGGUUUUAGAGAGCUAUGAACGUGCCUACAGUAAUAUGGUCCGAGUUCAGCAGUUGUCAGAACUGGAGGAGGUAAUUGACUAUUGUACUCUUCCUGUGGGAAAUCCAGUGGCUGAAGGACGACGGGCCCUUAUUCGCAAUAUGUGGACUGAGCGAAUUCAAGGAGCAAAACGUAAUGUUGAGGUCUGGCAAACUCUUUUGGUUGUAAGAGCACUGGUGCUUCCCCCAACUGAAGACAUUGACACAUGGCUCAAAUUUGCUUCUCUUUGUCGGAAAAAUAAUCGAAUUAGUCAGGCUAGAUCAACUUUGAUUAAACUCUUGCAGUAUGACCCUGAGAAAUGUCCCGAAAAUGUGAGAUACCAUGGGCCUCCUCAAGUAAUGCUCGCAUACUUGAAAUAUCAAUGGUCACUUGGGGAAGAUCACAAGAGAAAAGAAGCAUUUUCUAGACUACAGAAUUUGGCGAUAGAGCUUUCGAGUUCCCCAAAUAUUCACUCUGUUCCACCUUCUGGUUUAAUGAGCGGUACAAGUUCAAAUGUCCCCCUUCUUGCUCGUGUCUAUCUUGAACUUGGAAACUGGCAGUGGGCACUUUCUCCUGGACUGGAUGAUGAUUCCAUACAAGAAAUCCUUGCUGCAUUCAGGAAUGCCACACAGUGUGCAACAAAAUGGGCCAAAGCAUGGCAUACUUGGGCUUUAUUCAAUACAGCAGUGAUGUCUCAUUAUACUCUUAGAGGGUUUCCAAGUGUUGCUUCACAAUUUGUUGUUGCAGCUGUCACUGGGUAUUUUCAUUCAAUAGCUUGUGCAGCAAAUGCUAAAGGGGUGGAUGAUAGCUUACAGGAUAUACUUCGUCUUCUUACUUUAUGGUUCAACCAUGGAGCUACUGCAGAAGUUCAAAUGGCACUGCAGAAAGGAUUUGCGCAUGUUAAUAUCAACACAUGGCUGGUUGUGUUACCUCAAAUAAUUGCCAGGAUACAUUCAAAUAACCAUGCUGUGAGAGAACUAAUACAAUCACUUUUGGUGCGAAUUGGGCAAAGUCAUCCCCAGGCACUUAUGUAUCCUCUUCUUGUAGCAUGUAAAUCCAUAAGCAAUUUGCGUAAAGCUGCUGCUCAAGAAGUGGUUGACAAAGUUAGGCAGCAUAGUGGUGUACUUGUGGAUCAGGCACAACUUGUAUCAAAGGAACUAAUCAGGGUUGCAAUACUUUGGCAUGAAAUGUGGCAUGAGGGACUGGAAGAAGCCAGUCGCUUGUAUUUUGGUGAACAUAACAUUGAGGGUAUGCUGAAGGUCUUGGAGCCUUUGCAUGAAAUGCUUGAGGAAGGUGCUAUGAGGGAGGAUACCACCAUAAAGGAGAGAGCAUUCAUCGAGGCAUAUCGACAUGAAUUGUUAGAGGCUUGGGAAUGUUGCAUGAAUUACAGGAGAACCGUAAAGGAGGCUGAGCUUACCCAGGCAUGGGAUCUUUAUUACCAUGUUUUCAGACGGAUAGACAAGCAGCUUCAAACCCUUACUACCCUGGACCUGCAGUCUGUUUCUCCGGAGCUGUUAGAAUGCCGUAAUUUGGAGCUUGCUGUUCCUGGGACAUAUCGUGCUGAUUUACCAGUAGUGACAAUUGCAUCAUUUGCACGCCAGCUUGUUGUUAUAACAUCUAAACAGCGACCCCGAAAGUUGACUAUCCAUGGGAGUGAUGGGGAAGAUUAUGCUUUUUUGCUGAAGGGACAUGAAGAUCUGCGCCAAGAUGAACGUGUGAUGCAGCUAUUUGGUUUGGUAAAUACCCUUCUGGAGAAUUCAAGAAAAACUUCUGAGAAGGAUCUCUCUAUUCAACGGUAUGAUGUCAUUCCAUUAUCUCCAAAUAGUGGGUUAAUUGAAUGGGUUCCACACUGCGACACCCUACACCAACUCAUUCGAGAGUACAGGGAUGCCAGGAAGAUUACUUUGAACCAAGAGCACAAAUAUAUGCUCAGUUUUGCUCCAGAUUAUGAUCAUUUACCACUCAUAGCUAAGGUGGAAGUGUUUGAAUACGCUUUGCAAAAUACUGAAGGAAAUGACCUAGCAAGGGUUCUUUGGUUAAAGAGUCGCACUUCUGAGGUAUGGCUGGAGAGGAGGACAAAUUAUACAAGAAGUUUAGCAGUCAUGAGUAUGGUGGGUUACCUUCUUGGCUUAGGAGAUCGACACCCAAGUAACCUGAUGCUUCACCGCUAUAGUGGGAAGAUCUUGCACAUUGACUUUGGAGACUGUUUUGAAGCUUCAAUGAACCGGGAGAAGUUCCCUGAAAAGGUACCUUUCCGUUUGACGAGAAUGCUUGUGAAAGCAAUGGAGGUUAGUGGUAUAGAAGGCAAUUUCCGCUCGACUUGUGAAAAUGUGAUGCAAGUUCUUCGGAUAAACAAGGAUAGCGUUAUGGCCAUGAUGGAGGCAUUUGUCCAUGAUCCUCUCAUCAAUUGGCGUCUUUUCAACUUCAAUGAAGUUCCCCAAAUGUCAAUGUUUGCAAACACUCAUGCUCCUGCUGUUGUAAAUGCUGAGGAAUCUGCUCCAAACAGAGAGCUGCCGCAACCUCAACGCGGUGCUCGUGAAAGGGAACUUCUUCUGGCUGUUAAUCAGCUUGGUGAUGCUAAUGAGGUUUUGAAUGAGCGUGCUGUGGUUGUUAUGGCGAGAAUGAGUAAUAAACUCACUGGACGUGACUUCUCUCCAUCAUCUUCAAUUUCUGCCAGCUCUAUCCAACAUGCAGUAGACCAUAGCUCCUUAAUUUCAGGAGAUACUCGUGAAGUGGAUCAUGCAUUAUCUGUUAAAUUGCAAGUUCAGAAGCUCAUUAUACAAGCCAGUUCACAUGAAAAUUUGUGCCAGAAUUAUGUUGGGUGGUGUCCUUUCUGGUGAAGUCGAUCAUAUUGAUUGUAUAAUGUUGUACAUAGCUGAUUCAUGAUCCGACCUUGAGGGGUUCUGGUUGGCCUUCUUUAAUGUAAAAUUUUCUAUAUAAAGCAUCUCUAAUUUAUACUUGUAUAGUGGAAUAGGAAAAUCCAAAUCUAUCCCCUAGUACAGCUAUUUAGCCAACCGUCUGUAUUGCAGGUAAUUCCUCUUUAACGUCAUUUCUUGUACAUUAUAUAUUAUAUAUAUUUUUAUUUUCUUUUGAAA